UUUGGCUACUUUCCCUUAAACAUGGGGAAAAGGGAAUCUACUGUCUAGGUCAAGGAAGUUGGUUCUACAGAGCAACAGAUGGCAUUUCUGGACUCCAUAAAAUGUGACAAGUAAAGUGAAGAUGUGGGUACUGAGAAACCGCUUAAUAGCCCAUUUGGAGAAGAAGAAAAUGUAACAGACAGGGCUGGGUUGAACAUGACACCAUCUGAAGAGGGUGUUACCAUUCACAGGCCUAAUUACGUAGUGUAUAAAAAUGCACCUGCACCAUGGGUCUCUUCAUCCUGCUUCACUGGAGCCUACGAACUGUUGCUUCUACCGACCUGGUCCUAUCAGAACCUUCUGGAAGAUGUCUCACCUUCUUGACAGCAUCUGCACCAUCAUUGGUGUCUUCGACAAGUAUGCCCAGCGGCAGAGAGAUGGCUUCACCCUGACCCGGAAGGAGAUGAAGAAGCUGAUCCAGAAGGAGUUUGCUGAAGUCAUAGAGGACCCCCGUGAUCCUCAGACAGUUGAGCUGAUACUUCAGCAGCUGGACAUCAAUGGAGAUGGAUGGGUGGACUUCAACGAGUGCCUGCUCCUCUUCUUCAAAGUGGCCAGGGCUUGCUAUGGCCUGAGGCCCCGACACACUGAGCAGCAGAGAAGGAGCCAACAACGUGAUUCUGACCUCCAAGCUGGUGAGCAGCAGAGAAGGGACAGUCAAUGUAUCUCUGAUCCCAGAGACCAUGAGCAAUAUCGAAGGAACCAACAACAUGGAUCUCAAGUUCCUGAACAACAGAGGAUGUCCCAACAUGAGUUUAACCCCCGAGAUACUGAGCAGCAGAGGAGGUCCCGACAACGUGAUUACAGUCCCCAAGACAUUCAGCAGCAGCAGCAGCAGCAGCAGCAGCAGCAGCAGCAGCAGCAGCAGCAGCAGCAGCAGCAGCAAAGAAACCAACAGCGUGAAUCCGAUCCCCAAGAAAUAGAGCAGCAAAGAAGGUCCCAACAACGUGAGUUUGACCCCCAAGACAGUGAACAGCAGAGGAGGUCCCAACGACGUGAGUUUGACCCCCAAGAUAGUGAGCAGCAGAGAAGGUCCCAACGACGUGAGUUUGACCCCCAAGAUGGUGAGCAACAAAGAAGGUCCCAACGACGUGAGUUUGACCCCCAAGACAGUGAGCAGCAGAGGAGGUCCCAACGAUGUGAGUUUGAUCCCCAAGAUGGUGAGCAGCAGAGAAGGUCCCAACGACGUGAGUUUGACCCCCAAGACAAUGAGCAGCAGAGAAGGUCCCAACGACGUGAGUUUGACCCCCAAGACAAUGAGCAGCAGAGAAGGUCCCAACAACGUGAGUUUGACCCCCAAGAUAGUGAGCAACAAAGAAGGUCCCAACGGCGUGAGUUUGACCCCCAAGAUAGUGAGCAGCAGAGGAGGUCCCAACGACGUGAGUUUGACCCCCAAGACAAUGAGCAGCAGAGAAGGUCCCAACGACGUGAGUUUGACCCCCAAGACAAUGAGCAGCAGAGAAGGUCCCAACGACAUGAGUUUGACCCCCAGGACAAUGAGCAGCAGAGGAGGUCCCAACGACGUGAGUUUGACCCCCAAGACAGUGAGCAGCAGAGGAGGUCCCAACGACGUGAGUUUGACCCCCAAGAUAGUGAGCAGCAGAGAAGGUCCCAACGACGUGAGUUUGACCCCCAAGAUAGUGAGCAGCAGAGGAGGUCCCAACGACGUGAGUUUGACCCCCAAGACAAUGAGCAGCAGAGGAGGUCCCAACGACGUGAGUUUGACCCCCAAGAUAGUGAGCAGCAGAGGAGGUCCCAACGACGUGAGUUUGACCCCCAAGACAAUGAGCAGCAGAGGAGGUCCCAACGACGUGAGUUUGACUCCCAGGACAGUGAGCAGCAGAGAAGGUCCCAACGAUGUGAGUUUGACCCCCAAGAUGGUGAGCAGCAGAGGAGGUCCCAACGACGUGAGUUUACCUCCCAGGACAGUGAGCUGCACAGGAGGUCCCAACAAUGUGAGUUUGACCCCCAAGACAGUGAGCAGCAGAGAAGGUCCCAACUACAUAACAUUGACCCCCAAGACAAUGAACAGCAGAGAAGGUCCCAACGACGUGAGUUCGACCCCCAAGACAAUGAGCAGCAGAGGAGGUCCCAACGACGUGAGUUUGACCCCCAAGACAAUGAGCAGCAGAGGAGGUCUGAGCGACUUGAGUUUGACACCCAAGAUAGUGAGCAGCGGAGGAGGUCCCAACGACGUGAGUUUGACCCCCAAGAAAGUGAGCAGCGGAGGAGGUCCCAACGACGUGAGUUUGACCCCCAAGAUAGUGAGCAGCAGAGAAGGUCCCAACGACGUGAGUUUGACCCCCAAGAUAGUGAGCAGCGGAGGAGGUCCCAACGACGUGAGUUUGACCCCCAAGACAAUGAGCAGCGGAGGAGGUCCCAACGAUGUGAGUUUGACCCCCAAGAUAGUGAGCAGCAGAGAAGGUCCCAACGGCGUGAGUUUGACCCCCAAGAUAGUGAGCAGCAGAGAAGGUCCCAACGACGUGAGUUUGACCCCCAAGAUAGUGAGCAGCAGAGGAGGUCCCAACGACGUGAGUUUGACCCCCAAGAUAGUGAGCAGCAGAGGAGGUCCCAACGACGUGAGUUUGACCCCCAAGACAGUGAGCAGCAGAGAAGGUCCCAACGGCAUGAGUUUGACCCCCAAGACAAUGAGCAGCACAGGAGGUCCCAACGACGUGAGUUUGACCCCCAAGACAGUGAGCAGCAGAGAAGGUCCCAACGACGUGAGUUUGACCCCCAAGACAGUGAGCAGCAGAGGAGGUCCCAACGACGUGAGUUUGACCCCCAAGAUAGUGAGCAGCAGAGGAUGUCCCAACGACGUGAGUUUGACCCCCAAGAAAGUGAGCAGCGGAGGAGGUCCCAACGACGUGAGUUUGACCCCCAAGACAAUGAGCAGCGGAGGAGGUCCCAACGAUGUGAGUUUGACCCCCAAGACAGUGAGCAGCAGAGAAGGUCCCAACGACGUGAGUUUGACCCCCAAGACAGUGAGCAGCAGAGGAUGUCCCAACGACGUGAGUUUGACCCCCAAGACAGUGAGCAGCAGAGGAGGUCCCAACGACAUGAGUUUGACCCCCAAGACAGUGAGCAGCAGAGGAGGUCCCAACGACGUGAGUUUGAUCCCCAAGACGGUGAGCAGCAGAGAAGGUCCCAACGAUGUGAGUUUGACCCCCAAGACAAUGAGCAGCAGAGAAGGUCCCAAGAACGUGAGUUUGACCCCCAAGAUAGUGAGCAGCAGAGAAGGUCCCAACGGCGUGAGUUUGACCCCCAAGAUAGUGAGCAACAAAGAAGGUCCCAACGGCGUGAGUUUGACCCCCAAGAUAGUGAGCAACAAAGAAGGUCCCAACGGCGUGAGUUUGACCCCCAAGACAAUGAGCAGCAGAGAACAUCCCAACGACGUGAGUUUGGCCCCCAAGUUAGUGAGCAGCAGAGGAGGUCCCAACCGCGUGAUUACAGCCCCCGAAACUUUGAGCAAGAGCAGGAAAGAACCCAGCAACAUGAUUCUGAUCUCCGAAACAGUGGGCAGCUGAGACGGUCUCAAGAACCUGACCGUGAACAGCAAAGGCUAGCUGAGCAACGUGGCUCUGAUCUUCAAGAGCCUGAAUGGAGGAGGCCCCUGCCAUGUGAUCGUCCGCGCCGUGCCUCUGAACAGAGUGGAAACCGACGACAUGACCCUGAAGGAAGAGAGAACCGGAGGCAACGUGAACUGGAGCAACGCAGUCUAGAACGCAGUGCGGGAUCUGAAACCCAGGACCCAGAAUGCCGUGUGUUUUUCAUUUCGUGUAACUAA